AUGCGCAAACACAAAACGCCGCCCAGCGGCAGCCCAAGGACAAACAGUAACCACAACAGUAGCAACAGCAACAGCAACACCAACAACAUGGCGACGCAGGCGUCGACACAGGCAGAACCAGCAGCAGGGGCAGCGACAGCGCCUGCAUGUGAAGCACAAUUGUCACAGCCCACAAUCGAAAUGGAGCAGCGCAUGCUGCUGGGCCAUGCGGCCAACGAAAACCCAGCAACGAACACCAACAACAGCAGCAACCUUCCAGCGACCAGGUCCAAGGAGCGCCCGCGGCCCACAAUGCAACUGAUGUCCUUGCUGCACAUCGCCUGCUAUGUGCUCUGUCUCUGCGGCUUCAGCUUCGCCCUCUACACAAACGUGAGGCAAACACGCAUGGAGCAGCGCCUGCAGCGUCUGCAGCAGCUGGACGCACGCAUUGUCGAGCUGGAGCUCCGGUUGGAGCAGCAACAGCUGCUGCACUGGCCAGCGGCCGAGGAGCAGGAGGCGCCGCUGCUGACUGGCAACGAGGCGAAUGGCUCGCAGCACAUGACGUUGCAUGUGCGACGCGAGUUGCAUCGCCUGCGGCGCGACGUCUCCCACUUGCAGUUGACGAGGCGGCAGCAGCGCAGGCAGGCGGCAGAAGCGGCUGCCGCAGCGGCGGCGGCUGGCGGAAACAACAACGGAAAUGGCGACUGCCAGUGUCAACCAGGUCCACCAGGCCCACCCGGACCACCCGGCAAGCGAGGGAAGCGGGGCAAAAAGGGCGACACCGGCGACAAGGGCGACCCUGGUCUCAAUGGCAUCAGCGGUGAAAAGGGCGCUGCGGGCAGACCCGGCGACAAGGGCUCGAAGGGUGAUGUCGGCCAUCCGGGCAUGGAUGUCUUCCAAACUGUAAAGGGGCUCAAGAGAUCGGUGACAACGCUGCAUGGCGGCACGUUGGGCUAUGCGGAAAUUGUAGCUGUCAAGGACUUGCAAGAAGCGGGCGUUAACGUAUCCGCUGCUACGGUCAUACAACUGAAGGGCGAGCCAGGUGAGCCUGGUCCACCAGGGCCCCCGGGCGAGCCUGGAAGUCCUGGAAGCCCCGGCGAGCGCGGACCACCCGGCGAAACUGGAGCGCAGGGUGUGCAAGGAGUGGCCGGCGAGCCAGGUCCGAUCGGACCUCCCGGAGUGCCCGGCGCAGCUGGAGCAAAGGGUGACAAAGGCGAUCGCGGCGAUCGCGGCCUCACCACAACUAUCAAGGGUGACGAAUUCCCAACGGGCAUCAUUGAAGGUCCACCCGGCCAACCUGGACCACCUGGUCCGCCCGGAGAGCCCGGAGAGAGAGGGGAGGCGGGACCGCCCGGACCAGCUGGACCACCGGGCGAGAAAGGACCGCGCGGCAAGCGGGGCAAGCGGAUAUUUGGACCGGGAGGCACGAAGCUGGACGAGGACUAUGACGAUCCACCCGUUACCUUGUUGCGUGGUCCCCCAGGACCUCCGGGCUUGGCAGGAAAGGAUGGACGGGACGGACGCGAUGGCGCCAAGGGUGAAGCCGGCGAGCCCGGAGAGCCAGGAUCUUUGGGUCCUCGCGGCUUAGACGGCCUGCCCGGUGAGCCAGGAAUUGAAGGGCCGCCGGGACUGCCAGGCUAUCAAGGACCGCCUGGCGAGAAAGGUGAUCGCGGUGAUAUCGGACCUCCGGGCUUAAUGGGUCCGCCUGGACUGCCAGGACCACCCGGCUACCCUGGCGUCAAGGGCGAUAAGGGCGACCGCGGCGACUCGUACCGCAAGAUGCGUCGCCGUCAGGACGAUGGCAUGGCCGAUGCACCCCACAUGCCCACAAUUGAAUAUCUUUAUGGUCCACCAGGUCCGCCAGGACCAAUGGGACCUCCUGGACAUACCGGUGCCCAGGGAGAACGAGGCUUGGACGGGCGCAAAGGGGAUCCGGGCGAGAAGGGUCAUAAGGGUGAUCAGGGUCCCAUGGGCUUGCCUGGUCCCAUGGGUAUGCGUGGCGAGUCGGGUCCCUCCGGUCCAGCUGGAAAAGCUGGCUUACCGGGUCCGCCCGGCUUGGAUGGCAUGAAGGGCGCUCAGGGCGAGACGGGUCUGAAGGGCGAACGCGGCGAUCCGGGCUUGCCGGGCACUGAUGGCAUCCCCGGGCAGGAGGGGCCGCGUGGCGAACAAGGAUCACGAGGCGAUGCUGGGCCGCCCGGGAAGCGUGGACGCAAAGGAGAUCGCGGCGACAAGGGCGAACAGGGCGUGCCCGGACUGGAUGCGCCCUGCCCCCUGGGUGCUGACGGGCUGCCGCUGCCGGGCUGCGGUUGGCGUCCGCCAAAGGAGCCUGUCAUCUCAACGCCCGUGCACAAGGACUAUUUGCCAGAUGUAACUCAGCCGGAAAGCAAUGCCAGCGAUUACGAGCAGGAGGAGGAGGACGAGGAGGAGCAGGCGGAGGAUAAUGAAAACGAAUAUGAUGAAUAUCAGGAUAAUUUGCAUAACAAUGACUAAAAAAAAAGAAGUGGCAGCAGGAAGAGAGGAGCAGGCAUACCCGAAUGCAAAGGCAAACAAACAAACAAACACACUCACACACACACACAAAAUAAACAAACAAACAAGCAAGCAAGCAACGCACCCACGCACCCGCACAAGCAAAC